ACAUUCCCCAUGUGGUCAAUGAUCACUGCAUGUUUGUGAUCAUGUUUUCAUUUUUUCCUCGCGUUUUCGCCGCAACAACAGCCCCUAAAUACAGCUGACUACAUGUGCGAAUGACUGGAAAGGAGUUCUAAGGAGGCAGGAUGCCGCGGCCGUCAGUAAAGCUGCUCGCUGCCGUUGCAGCGGGGGUUGUCGUGUACGCUCUGGUCCAUAUCGGCUUUGUCACUUUCACUGCAGUCAACACCAAGACUAAACAGGCAGUCCUAGCCAGGAGGAAGUUUGAACUACAGGCAGCAGGAGACUCCGAUGUGCCCAGUGGGGAUGUGGAGAAACUUCGGGAGAUUGCCAGGGUGCUCGGAUAUCCCAAGGUCUCCGUGCAGGGUGACACGAUCUCUCAGAAGCUGCUGAUUAUGGUGAAGCUACUGGAGGAGUAUCAAACACUGGGCAGCAGUGAACAGGUUGCUAAGGACUACCUUCACAAGAUAGAAGUGAUCAUCCACUCAGAAAACCUCCCUCCUCAACAACAGGACAAAAAGACUACAGUUAACUUAUCAGAGGGAAUCUCAAUAGAAACUGACGAAGAAAGAAUAAAAAAGGAACAGAAAGAUGCAGAAGACAAAAAGAAGGAGCAACCUGCUGAUACAAAGGAUAAGAAGGAAGAGAAAAAAGAAGAUGUAAAAGAGAAGAAAGAAGAAAGUGAAGAUUUAAAAAUGGCGCUGUCUAAGUUGAGGCCGCCAAAAGAUGAGCUACCGGCACUGCCAAGAAAAUCGCCUCCACUGAAGGAAGCUACUUUCACCAAAGAUUGGGAAUUUACUCCUUCUAACUGUGUGACGACCAUCAUGGAUAAGGUAGAAGACUCAGAGUGGUUUGGGGAGAGGUACAUGGAGAACAUCAAGGUUUUCCUGGACAGUGAAGACGUGAACAGUGCAGAACAGUUUAACAAGCUACAACUGUACGGUCUGCCGUUUGGGUUCAGGGCUCAGAAGAGAGAAGUGCUAGCCCGUCUGCUGAACAACAAGAACUUUACGAACAGCCCCGUGUUCCAUGGUGAGAGGAGGGAGUGUAUUCGCUGUGCUGUGGUCGGGGCCGGGGGCAGUCUCAACGGUUCUGCACUGGGCAAGGAGAUAGAUGGACAUGACUAUGUCUUCAGACUGAACCGUGCCUUGACAGGUGGAAAAUACUCCAAAGACAUCGGGAACAAGACAGAUUUCUACACCUUCUUCCCAGAGUCCAGCUACGGACACCAACUUAAGACUAAAGAUAAUGUGACGUUCAUCUUUGCGAGUUUUAAGCAGUAUGAUAUAGACCAGGCCAUCGCGAUGGUGGAGGGGACAGACAUGCCGGACUUCUGCACCAAGAAGGGAGGAUGCAGAAAGCUGCGGAACCCACACAUCCCAGCCAACCAGCUGAAGCUUCUCCACCCAGACUUUAUCCGCUACGUUCACGCCCGCUUCCUCAACGCCACGGGCUCACGACCUACGACCGGCGCCAUGGUUACCUUCAUCGCGAUCCAACUGUGUGACGAGGUCAACACGUACGGCUUCGGCUACGAUCCAAGGUUCACGAUACACUACUAUGACAACAAGUUCACAGUCCACACGGCAAAAAGCACUGGUUCACAUAACAUAGACAACGAGCGCGCUCUGUGGAAGCUGCUGGACAAUGUGGGCGUCGUCACCUGGCAUCGCAGGGACGAGAAACGGUGACAGAGUGUCCUGUAGCACAGAAUGGGGGGAAUUCUAUAAUUCUAUACAUAUUAAGGAAAUAAAAUUGAAAAUUGAUGUGCAGUGAUCAACUUUAUGGAAGAUGGUACAAAAAUGUGGUGUACAAUCUUUCUGAGGUUCUUGUUUACUAGGCAAUACACAGCAAAGCAAAUUACAAGAAAUGGUGACAGAAUGAACUGUUGCACAGAAUGGGUGAAUUCUAUAUUCAAUCUUAGGAAAAGAAAUUGAAAAUUGAUAUGCAAUGAUAAAGAAAUUCUUUUGGAACAGAAAUCCGGAAUUCAAGCAGUCAAGUGCCUCUGUUAUACUAUUGUAAUUCCUGAUUUUUUUCACUGUACUGUAACGUUCACUGUUUUUGCUGUCAAUUCUGUACCAGGAGUAAGUGAAUCCCUAUCAAAUUAUGCUUCAAAAAUAACAAUGGCAAUGGUGGACUCUGUUUCCCAACUAUUUCAAGACCCCUAGAAGUUUUGAGCAUGUUCAAAUGUACCAAAUCCGAAAAUGUUAAAUGUAUGGCGACAUACACUUUCAGGUGAGUACUUUAAAAUCCAAACUUAUUGAUAGCAACAGCAAAUCGAGUCAUGCACAUACUUUAAACAGAAACAUACAUGAUGAUGAUAGAUGGAAUUUCUUAAUCUUAUAUAUUCAAGUACAAUGUAAUUAAAAAGAAACUUUUUAUUUGGAUGGCAAAUACUCUUCUCAGCAUGUAACAGGUAGACUUGACUUCAUGUAUGUACAAAAUGCAUGAGACUUCUCAAGAGAUUGAAAUUAUUUGAAAGGUGAGUUUAACUGAUGCAGAAGCAUAUACAAAGAGUAUAAUUUUAUCGUGUUUUGUUGCACUUGAUGUAUAAAAUCAAUUGAUAUGAAUGAAGUAAAUAUUAGAUGAGAAUUAUGGACAAAAUUUGCCGUGCAGUAGAAAAGGAAAUUAUAUAUCUGUAUGUAUUCAAGGAUUUGUACCAAAUGACACUAUGCAGUUUUCCAACAGAGUAUUGCUGUGUAUGAAAUGUAGAUAGAUUGUUGACAUGUCAAAUCUUUCUGACUUUUGAAUCUUAGCUCAGGUAGAUAUCAGAAUUCUAAAUCAUGUUGACAAUGUCCUAUACGUGUGUGUGAUUGUACUUAUUAAUUGAAAAGCUUUUAUUUUGAGAUUUUUAAAGUUUGUUGACUGCUUGUGAAAGUUUACUUCUCAGUAUUGUGUUCUAAAAUUUGUGAUCUUUAGAGAUUGGCACAUCUCAGACUGGCAGAAUUCUGUGCAAUGUUUUUAGAUCCGUUCUUGUGUCAAAGAUAUGGAAUUCUGUUAUUAACAAUUAAACUGUUAUGAUUGCAAAGGUAGAUAGUGUGCUGGUGAUAUGACACGAACA